CCUCGUCGCGAGCGGUAGUCCUUGCCGCCGGUCCGCGCGUCCUCGCCGAGCUCCGCGUGUUUCUCUCGUGCGUCGCCGGCUUCGCCACGCGAGUCGAAGACUGUCGGAGACCGGCCCUGCAGUGCUCCAGUUUGAUUGAUUGGUGCAGUGAGCGAGUGCACCGCACCCCGGAUUCGCCCACCGACGACCCUGUGUAGUGCAUCUCAUGAGAGGAUAACCGCGUCCCGGGACGCCUCCUCAAGGAUAAAACCAAGUGAAGGGAGGGGAAAAAAAGUGAAGUUUGUGCUAAGUGUGUGGUGGCCAAGUGCCAUCAACAGUGAAGUUUUUUGUGAAGUGCGCUAAACGGCUCCCGUUGGAUGUCAACGCAGCCGACACCGUGAAUGGGAUACUUUUUGUGGAUACCUUGAGGAUUUCUCUCUCACCGGCGUGUGGCCGCUAUGUGGACGCCGCGGCGGUGCCGGCCGUCGCGCGCAUGACAUGACCCCCACGGCCAUGGCCAAGGCCGUCGUCGUCGCGGUGCUGGCGGCCGCGGUCCUGUGCCAGGCGGUGCAGGCCGUGGAGGGCCCCGACCUCGACUUUGAUGGUGGGUUGGUAGGCCUCGCGACCAACUCCGCGACGCACAGGAAGUUAGAGAAUGACGACCUGACCGACGAGGAGGACUCCGUGGAGCGCGGUCGCGUCCAGGGCGGCGUCGGCGGCGCGCCGGGGGCGGUGCCGGGGGCGGCGGACGGCGAGCUGCUGCCGCCAAUGCACGCCUCCUCGCACGACCCCCUGUUCCUGGAGGAGCCCCAGGACACCUUCGUCAUCAAGAACGCCCACGCCACGCUGCGCUGCUCCGCCAUCAACGCGCUCACGGUGUACUUCAAGUGCUCCAACGCGGCCAAGGCGACGUCCCACCAGCAGGAGUUCGUGGACCCGCAUGACGGCGUCCGCCACGUGGAGGCCUCCGUCAACGUGACCCGGCAGGACGUGGAGGAGUUCUUCGGCGACAAGUACACGUGCACGUGCCUGGCCUGGUCGUCGCGUGGCAAGAUCCGCUCCCGGCCCGCCACCGUCCAGUACGCCUACCUCAAGAAGCAGUUCACGGCCGCGCCCUACGGCACGCGCAUCGCGCUGGGCGAGCAGGCCGAGCUGCGGUGCCUGCCGCCGGCCGGGGUGCCGCCGCCGACGGUGACGUGGCUGCGCAACGGGCAGCCCCUGGCGACGGGCGGCGCGGGCGGCGGCGACGCGCCCGCGGCCUCGUCCGUCUUCGUGUCCGGCGAGGGGCACCUCCUGGUGAGCCGCGCGCGCCUGGCCGACCAGGCCAACUACACGUGCGUGGCGGAGAACAUCGCGGCCCGGCGGACGUCCGACCCGGCGCAGCUCACGGUGUACGUGGACGGCGCCUGGUCCGAGUGGGGCUCGUGGAGCGACUGCAGUGCCACGUGCGGCCCGGGCGUGCAGCGGCGCACGCGCACCUGCACCAACCCCGCGCCCGCCAACGGCGGCAAGGACUGCCCCGGCGCGCCCGCGCAGAAGGCGGACUGCGUGUCCGAGUGCCCAGUGCGCCCCAACACGGUGCCCCAGGCCAAGUACGACGGAGUGCAGCUCACGGAGGAAGCCGAGGGCGAGCUGCAUGCCGCCCUGUACGUGGGCCUGGGCGUGGCCUUCUCCGUCUUCUCCGUGGUGGCCGUGCUGCUUGUGCGCCUGCUGCGGCGCCGCGGACGUCGCGGACGUCGCGCCUACACCGAGGCGUCCACCGAGUACCCCGCUGACUUCAUCCCGGACACGGACAAGAAGGGCCCCGACCUGACGUCCUCCGUGCCCGUCGGCCUGGGGCUGGGCACGGUGGGGCCCCCGCUGGGGUCGCUGGCCGGUUCGCUGGGCGGCCGCCCCCUCAACGGCGCCCUCAACGGCCUGGCCGGCCUCAACGGGCUGGGCAGCCUGGGCCCCGGCAUGGGGCUGGGCCCGCCGCUGUCCGCACCCCUCAGCUGCUACCACUACCCGCUGCCGCUGCCGCGAUCCGACUCGGAGCACCACUACGACGAGCCGCACCUGGCCACGCCGUCGGCCUCGGCCACCUCCUCGUCGUCGUCGUCCUGCUCCACGGCCUCGGCGUCCACGUCGCCGUCCGCCACGUCGACGCGCACCAUGGGCUCCUCGCGGGCCGACUCUGUCAACGGAGGCGACUCCCUGUCCGACGUGGGCGUCACCAUGACGACGUGCUCCGCCACGUCCGCGGGCGCGCGCCUGUCCCUGCCCGAGUGCGGCGUGUCGCUGACGGUGCCGGAGGGCGCGCUGGCCCGCGGCCAGGAGGCGCUCAUCUCGCUGGCCGUGCUGACGGAGGACCGCGCGCGGCCGCGCCUGGCCGAGGGGCAGACCCUGCUGUCCGGCGUGGUCCAGGUCGGCCCGCCCGGCCUCGUGCUCAACAAGUCCGCCGUGCUGAGCGUGCGCCACUGCGCCGCGCUGUCGCCCGACUGGCGGCUGUCCGUGUGGGGCAGCCACGACCUCUCCGCCGACGGCGAGCAGGCGUCGUGGCGCGAGCUGCUGGCCGUGGGCGCCGAGACCAUCAACACGCCCGCCUUCGUGCAGCUGGACGCCACGCAGAUGUACCUCAUGUGGGACCAGCUGUCGGCCGUGGUGCUGGUCGGCGAGUCUGCGGGCGGCCCCAUCGUGGGGCCGCUCAGCCCGCUGUCCCCCACCCAGGGCGCCGCCAAGAGGAUCCAGGUCGCCGUCUUCGCCGAGGCCCGCGGCGCCGGCGUGCGCGUGUACGCCUUGGAGGACACCAGCGCCGCGCUGCAGAGCGUGAUCCAGGCGGAGCGGCGGCUGGGCUCGCGCAUGGCGGCGUCCCCGCAGACCAUCGCCUUCCGUGACGGCGGCGGCCCCCUGCUGCUGGACCUAGAGCAGGGCGGCCUCCACGGCGUGCACGAGCACCAGGAGAUCCCCUUCCGGCACGUGUGGGGCAGCGGCACGUCGCAGCUGCACUGCGCCUUCUCGCUGCAGCAGCACAACCUGGCCAACCCCAACGGCACCCUGUUCCGGGUGCGCGCGUGCCAGCAGCACGACCCUGCCGGUGGCGUCACCAUCGCCGCGCUGCCCGGCGGCAGAGUGUCCCCCGCGCCACCGGUGCAGUGCCGGACCCUCACCGUCACGUCCACCAGCGCGCGGCAGACGGCCUGCAGCGUCGACGCGGAGCCCUUCCGGUUGUCGAGGUCGCUGAGGCAGCAGCUGGCGCAGUGUCUGGACCCGCCGAACGCGAGAGGCAACGACUGGCGGAUGCUCGCGCAGCGGCUACACGUAGACAGGUACAUCAACUACUUCGCCACCAAGUCCAGCCCAACCGACGUGAUCCUGACGCUGUGGGAGUCGCGGUCGCGAGAGCCCACCGCCAUGGCCGACCUGCUGUCCACGCUGAGGCUCAUGGGCCGCUCGGACGCGGCGCAGAUCCUGGAGAAGGAGGGCGGGCCGUCGUGGGUGUGAGUCAAGACAGCCAAGGCCUGCUGGGCGUCCUCCGCUCGGCGCGGCCAUGGCGCGGCCCCGCGCUACUCUGCCCCGGCCAUCCGUCGGUCGUCGACGUCGAUGGCCGGGGCACGAAGUAGCGGCCCAUCUCGUGCUGUGCUGUGUGUGGCCGGACCACUCUAGUGCCAGAACCCUCUAGUGCAACGCGGCGCUCGGCCCGGAGCGAAGUCAGCAACUGCAUGUUAUUUAUAUUUCAAUAUAGAUGCCAAACUGUGGACUUUGCCGCCUCUUGUGUAAAAGUGACGCGCAUCGUUCAGCUGUACACCGUAAUUCAGAGCUUUAUUUUCAAUUGUGUUAGGAAAGAACAAAUUGUAAUGGAGUGUAUAAAACGUGGAUGAUAGUAUCUUUUAAAUUUAUGUGUAUUAUGACUUGAGUGAAACAGAGUUAUUUUAUGUAAGACUGUGAUACCUUCUUUUCUGUUUAUCUUUUUAACUGUGAGUAUUGUGUAUAGCUUUCUAUUCUGUUAAGUGUGAGGAUCUGAACAGUUCAUCUGGUGUGGGUCUGCCUUCUUUCCAACCAAUUUGGGAAAGAUGCAGGAGGCCAUUCCUCAGCAUAGUAUACAUUCAACACAAAAAUAUUUGUUACACAUGAUUUUAUUAUUUUAAUAGACUGUUAUCAAUAACAUGUAUGUUACCGCACAUUUUAAAAUUUGUCAUAUUACAAGUUAAAGACACUUGUAACAUGCUUUAAAUGUUGUUUUUAUAGCUUUAUUAAAAAAUGAUUUGUUUCAGUUUGAAACUAUCCGAUAAGACUAAUGCGGAAAUAUUUAUUAGUGUGACAAUAAAUCGGAACCAUUUUCUCAUGAUGAUGAAGACCUGGAGGAAACCUAUGCUUGGAAAUAGAUGCGUUCAGUUAGAUUUGUAGAAGGAGCAUGACUAGGAGAAUGAUGCCUCCACAAUUCAGCUGUAAAUACACCGCUGUUAUAUUUUUAUUUGGAACUUUAUAACUGACCAAUAGAAAUAGCCCUCAAGCCUAGUUGAAAAAAUGACUUUGAAGUCGAUUAUUUGUCGUAGAGCAUCCAUUCUAGAUGUGGCCUACUUUUAUACGUCGUGCUUGGCAUUAACUACACAACAUUUGUCCUGUACUGAGGUGCUGAUCUGUGAAGCCAUAAGUCUGUGUGCUGUAGUUAACUGUCUGUCACAAAUAGAAGCAGUGCAACAAUGUAUGUGUUCUACAACUGGUUCUGUUCCACUUAUUUUUCACCAAUGAAUACCAAUUGACUGCUGAAUAAUGUGUUCAAUAUGUACUGUUUAUGUCGUUUUAUUUCACAAAUAUGUGUAUGUACUGUAUGUAUUUAAAUUUCACCAAACCGUAGGGUAGUCUUCCUUCCCUAGAGCCACUUUGCUCAAAUAAGGCCAAAUUUUCCAAUGCAUAGAGUGAAACGGAGAGUUUUAAAAAACAAGUCUCUUCUCAACUAUUAAAUAUUAUUGAAAUUCUCUUUGUUAUCUGUUACGUUGGUAAAAUUAAAAAUUUUGUGUUACCGUAUACUGAAAGGAGGAUAUUUUUGGUUGGCUUCAAAAAUUGCCUCAGGUACUCUAUCAACGCUCCUUGACCAACAUUGUUUAAAUGCAAUGUCGAACAUAAACAGGAGAGCUGUGCCUUUUAAGAUAUACGAAAUGCCUAUAAUAUUAUGUGCAGAAUUUUAUGCGGUUUGAAAUCGAUGUUAAAUUCUACAAACUACGAACAACUGUCAAUCCUUCAUAAUUUGUUAUUUUUAUAUAAAAGUUUGUAUAAAAAUGUUUGUAGAUGAGACGAAUAAAGAUUGCAGUGUUACUUGAUUGAAUUAAA